AAGUGUGUUCUAUCCUUUGGAAAAUGGUGGUUUUGCGUUAAACAUGGCGAAUAUAGCAAGUCCUUUACCUUAUAUUACUAAAAGAGAAUAUGGACUUGUAAAUGAUCUGAAAUCUCAGUUAUUUAAUAAACGGUUAAAUGCGGCUAAAAACUUAUAUCGCCGUGAUUUAGUGUGUCAUUUUGGAUGUGUAAACGCAAUUGAAUUUUCUAGCAAUGGCGAGUUAUUUGUAUCAGGUGGAGAUGACAGGAGGGUGAUGGUUUGGCAGUUUGGACAGGCCAUUCUAGAAUAUGGAAAGCCUGAAGCUAUGAAAGCAUUACAUCAAUCAAAUAUAUUCUGCUUGGGUGUUACCUCAGAAAACCAAAAGAUAUAUUCAGGAGGAAAUGAUGAUAUUGUAAUAGUACAUGACGUAGAAAGUAAACAUCCAGUAGAGGUUCUACAACAUCAGCGAGCUGUGUGCAGUCUUAGCAUUGAUCCUUUUAAUGAGCGAGUAGUCACAACUGCUGGUAAUGAUGGCAGGCUGCUACUGUUUGACACUCGGCAGUCUGUACAUGAAUCAUUAGUGAUAUCACGUAGUCGGAGAGCAUUUCAUGGUGUAAUGUUUCAUCCCCAGCAAGUUGGUAUACUUGUAUCCGCCAAUGCUAGAGAUGGCAUUGCACUGUGGGACUUAAGGUCUCCUAAACACCCUGUGAUCCGCUACGUAGGCAACAGUGGUUCCUGCCAGAACAGCAUGAGCGUCCGCAUCAACCAAACCGGCACGCACGUCCUCGCCCUGCGGCGCCGCCUGCCGCCCGUGCUGUAUGCCGUGCACUCCCCGGAACCGGUUGCCGAGUUCUACCACCAGGACUACUACAACUCAUGUACCAUGAAGAGUUGCUGCUUCGCGGGAAGAAGUGACCAGUUUGUGCUAUCUGGAUCGGAUGAUUUCAACCUGUACAUGUGGAAAAUACCAGACACUGGUGGUUUUGGUGAUACGGUGAUUGAGCCUCCGCAUAUAGUUUUAUACGGACAUCGGUCUAUUGUGAAUCAAGUUCGAUAUAACUCCAAUUAUUGUCUCAUCGCAUCAUCGGGAGUUGAGAAAAUUAUAAAGAUAUGGUCGGCGCUGGAGUACCCGCAGAUGCGCGGCGCGCUGCUGGAGGAGGCGCAGGGCUCCGACAACCCGCGCGAGAUAUACAGCCACGAGGACUACGUCUCGCUCGUUCAUCACAGUGGACAGUAUCUAUCCCACAACUAUGCUGAACAAUCGACAAGCGAGGAUCCACGCAUGAUGGCGUUCUUCGAUUCAUUAGUUCAGCGUGAACUAGAGUGCCUCGCCGAGGAGACUGACUCCCUGGACGGAUCCAGUUCUGAUUCAGUUAACGGGAACGUUUCCGACACGAGCGACAGCGAUCACAUCGUCGCGGACUUUCUGCCCUUACCACCCAAAAGAGUAACUCCAAACGGGAGUCGAAGUCAACGGUGGCCAAAUAGACUGGCGCGACUUGUCGCUUCGAGGUAUCCAAAGAGCGUCCGAACUCGAAAACGGGGUUUCCUUAGGCGAAACAAGCAGUCGCGCACGUGCGUGAGCAAGUCGAGCGCCAAGGGCAAGCGCGCCGCGCCGAGACGAGCGCGCGGCCCGCGCCGCCCCGCCGCCCCGCGCCGCCCCGCGCCGCGCCGCUCCGCGCCCUCCAGCGAGCGCACCGACUCCGACGAGCCCGCGCACCCCCUCUACCGGAACACGGGCCGGAUCAUCCGGCCACCCAGAAAGAGAACGAACAUCACAAGGAGUACAAAACGAAAAAGUAAAGUCACUAGUUAUAGGAAAGUUAUGAAUUUAAGAAAUAAUAGUAAUAUUGCUCAAGACAGUAGCGAUAACAAUAAUUUUUCCAACUGUGACAAUUAUGAAGAAAAUUUAGCUUUACCUAGCACAAGUACAGGUUAUAGAGGCCAAAGCAAUUCAGCACUAUUUCGAAUAGCAGAGGUGGAUUCAGAUGAUGACCAGUCAGUCGGCAGUCGGCCAAUGUCGCCCAGUAAUCAAAAUGGCAACCAAAACAUUCCUACAAAUCUAAUUAGCAUCGUUCCCACACCAAUUAAUGGCUCCCGAGAUUCACUAAGUGACUCUUUAAGAGUUGGACCACCAGAAUCUGAGAGCAAUAAUUCUUCUCCAGUCCAUGAAAGUAGAACGCGAACGAAUUUAAGGAGAGUUAGAAGAAACGGUAGACUCAGUAUUCAACGUUCCGAUUCAAGCGAGUCACCACCACCGAAAGACUAUACGGAGAAUAAUUUCACAAUAAUGGAUAGAUUAUCACCAAAGGUCGGUUACAACAGGACUGUGGCGAGGCUCGUGAACGAGACAAACGAAAGUGAAUUUGAAAGUAGUUGCAGCACUGAAAGUAGUUUGUGGCUGGCUCCGAAUAACAUUAGAACUCCUGACAGUGGCGUGGGUACUGUUGCGGGCAGCAGCACCAGGAACAACCAACCUCCUGCCGAUAAUGUGUCCGAUGACCCAGAAUAUCAAGCACAGAAGUUCCGACAACGCGUCAAAAAAGCUCGUCGUAAUUAUAGGAACCACAUGGAUUCAGAUUCUAAUUGAACUAAGUAUAAUACAUAUUCCAUUUUAUUAUAAAUUGAACAAAUGGUAAAUUAAAAUAUAUUAAAACUGUAAAAAUGUUAAAAUAUAUAUAUAGUUAUUUUGUUUUCCUUUUUAAAUCACUGUCAAAUCUUGUUAAAUCACUGUUCCUUUUUCAAGUCACUGUUUUUAAAUUGUCUUGGUAUCUUUUAUUUAUUGCGCUCAUAAACUUAAAAAAUCAACCUCAGCUUUGAUAUUAAUUACUCAUUACAUUUUACAUUGCACAUAGUUUAUGUUUUGUUCACCUUCUAAUUGAAUGGAUAAUGUGUUUUAAAUUUGUGUUCCAUGAUAUUUUAGUUGUUCUACUUUAAGUGGCGACUAUCAACGACUGUAAAUUUAUAUGUUGCGUAUUCUUAAGGAUAUAACUUAAGUUAUUAUUCUAUGGAUUUGGAAUAGUAGGGCCUCCUCAACUAUACAUUUAUUUUCAAACAUGCUUAAACAAUGUAAAUAAAGCUAGCUAUGAACAAAAUAACUAAUAGAUAUUUUUUACAAAAAAAUCGCUUUUCUUGAUUUUGUAUGCUCAAAUACAGAGAUGUAAUAUUAACAUAUAUUUAUAAAAUUUUAGUUCGUAGCAGUGUAAAGAUGCUUCCGUUCCUUAUGAAGUUUUAUGAGGUAAUGUAUGUCAAGAUGCUAUCAGCUAUGUCGUAGCAACCAUUACGGGCCGUUUCUUUUGUAGGUGUCGUAGAGUGAUCCGGCAUGAUAUUUAUUCGGAAGUAUGACUCUGGUAAUCAAGGUGUCAAUUUUUGUCGGGCUCGAUAAAAAUCAGUAUCAGAUUAAUGAGAACAGCUGGAUACGAAAUGUUCUGCAAUUAGAGCACCGAACACCUGGAAAAUGAGUCAGGAUCUUUAACACAACAUACUUUUGGAAUACUAUGAGAGUUGGUUGCUUUUUUUGUAUAGUUUAUAUUAAAAAUUGUGAUCUAUUAUUAUUAUAUAAAUUAAUUAGACUUAAGGAUAUUAUAAUAUCAAUGUUCCCUUAAAUGGCUGUUAGCAUAUAUCCACGCUGAUAAAAUACAUUGACUUCCACUUA